AAAUCCUCCUGUAUCUGAAUCUUUAUCAUCUUCUCUGUAACUCCGACUCCAAAUUGGGUUCGAUAGAAGGAUAGAGAACAGAACCAAAGAACAGCUGAAACCCUAGGCGAGAGAGAAAGGGGAAACAAUCAAUAGCAAUCUGUAUCUCUAAUCAAAGGGCCUUGCCGGCGACGAAGGAGCUCGAAACGGUGCGUUUGUGAGUGAACAUUCAAAGAAGAAUAAGAUGAAGGGUUUAUUCAAGUCGAAGCCCCGGACGCCCGUGGAUAUCGUCCGCCAGACCCGGGAUCUUCUUAUGUACUGCGAACGCAACCCGGAUGCCCGCGAGAGCAAGAGGGAAGAAAAGAUGGCCGAAUUGUUUAAAAAUAUAAGGGAGAUGAAGUCAAUCCUUUAUGGCAAUAGUGAAUCUGAGCCAGUCUCCGAAUCUUGUGCACAAUUGACUCAGGAGUUUUUCAGAGAGAACACUCUGAGACUUCUUAUUAGGUGUCUUCCAAAAUUGAACUUGGAGGCCCGAAAGGAUGCCACGCAAGUAGUUGCGAAUUUGCAAAGGCAGCAAGUUCAAUCGAAGUUGAUUGCAUCUGACUAUUUGGAAGCGAACAUAGAUUUAAUGGAUAUUCUGAUAGCAGGGUAUGAAAACACAGACAUGGCUUUACACUAUGGUGCAAUGUUGAGGGAGUGCAUUCGUCACCAAAGUGUUGCAAGAUACGUCUUGGAGUCUGCUCACAUGAAGAAAUUCUUUGAUUAUAUACAGCUUCCCAAUUUUGAUAUUGCUGCAGAUGCUGCUGCAACAUUUAAGGAACUCAUGACGAGGCAUAAAUCAACUGUAGCUGAAUUUCUUUCCAAAAAUUAUGACUGGUUCUUUGCAGACUACAACUCCAAGCUACUUGAAUCUUCCAAUUACAUUACCAGAAGACAAGCUGUCAAGCUGUUAGGAGAUAUUCUUCUUGAUCGUUCGAACUCUGCUGUAAUGACUCGAUAUGUGAGCUCAAGGGAUAACUUGAGGAUUCUUAUGAAUCUCCUCAGAGAGUCUAGCAAGAGCAUUCAGAUAGAAGCAUUUCAUGUUUUCAAGCUCUUCGCAGCUAAUCAACAGAAACCAGCUGACAUCGUGAGCAUACUAAUUGCAAAUAGAAGCAAGCUUCUACGGCUCUUUGCUGAUUUCAAAACCGACAAAGAGGAUGAGCAGUUUGAGACAGACAAAGCCCUAGUGGUGAAAGAAAUCGAGUCUCUCCCUGGAAACUAGAACAGCCUCAUGAUUGGGUGUAUCUUUGUCUGUAAAGGCCUUGUUAUCCGCGCGAUUCAAUUGUGAAUUUCGUAGUUUUUAUAUAGUUCAUGUGACACUACCACUACGUGAAAAUCCCUCAUCUUUAGUUACUCAUGUUCCUCCUAUUUAGCUAAAUCUCUGUUAAGUUAAAACACUCGUGUAAAACGUAGAUAAAUAAAUUGACAAUGAGUUUAUUGGAGAACGAAAUACUUGAACUUCA